CGUCUUAACACUAUCAGACGACGUGAGAAGCAGAGCGAUCACUCCCCAGGAUCCACAUACUCAAGAGCAAGAGCGCUCGGCACAUCAAGUACGCGACCAUGGCGGCCCCGGUGGCUCUCACCAUCUUCCUGCUGAUCCUCCUCCCAGCGCACCAUGCUCUCGCCACGUCGGCCGGCGACGCGCAACCAGGCUACGCGGACGCGGAGACCGACACCUGUGGGCCGGCGCUGGACCUGGGCGGCUCCUCCUCCUCCUCCUCUGCCGCAGGCGCGGCCGGCCGGCGCUACGGCCCGGGGCUGGAGGAGUACGGCGGCGGGCGCAUCGUGGACAUCACGCACGCGUUCCGGCCCGGCAUGCCGGCGUACGCGCCGGGCGCGACGGUGGGGCCCAUCGUGCGGCUCAAGGAGUCGAUGGAGAACGGGUCAGACUACAACUUGUCGGAGCUCAGCAUGGAGUGCCACAUAGGAACCCACGUCGACGCGCCGGGCCACUUUAACCAGGCCCACUUCGCCGCCGGCCUCGACGUCGACACGCUCGACCUCGAAGUCCUCAACGGUCCUGCAUUACUGGUCGAUGUUCCGAGACACACAAAUAUAACAGCUGAAGCAAUGGAAUCCCUAAAUAUACCGAAAGGUGUUCGUCGAGUUCUCUUCAGGACAUUGAACACAGACAGAGGACUCAUGUGGAAGGAAGGAGGUGAUAUGAGUUACGUUGGAUUUACAGAGGAUGGUGCCAAGUGGCUUGUUGACAACACCGACAUCAAGUUGGUUGAUAUUGCUUCUGGUCGUACGUCAUUCAAAUUACCCUUGAAGUUAGCAAAAAUUACCCAUCAAUGUCACCCGUAAGUGGAAAAAACGAUUCGUUUUUCCCUUACGUCGUUGCCCAUCGUGUUUAGUUCAAAUAAAAUACUGCCAUGUUGUAUAACAAGUCUACAAUAGCUUGACUGGUUGGUGCCAUGCUCUUCUACUUGGGACACCCAAGUUUGAAUCCCAGUUAUCCUUUUUUUUUGCC